AUGCUUGCCUGCCAAUUGUGGAGAUUAUUAAAGAAUCGAGAUUCGCUUUGUUUUAAAGUGCUAUUGGCGAAGUACUUUCCAUCCGGAAGUUUCUUUGAUGCUUCUAUCGGUACCAACCCGAGUUACAUAUGGAGGAGUUUGUUUGCAACUCAUGAUUUGAUGAGAAGGGGAGUGAGGAAGGUGAUCGGUCCUGAUGAAGCGGCUCCGAAGGGUUUAAUUAACACAAUUGUUAAUCAGUUACUUGAACCAAACUUAAGAGAGUGGGACUUAGGGCUUCUUAAUGACAUGUUCUCCAGGCAAAAGGUUGAGAGGAUUUUGAAAGUCCCGUUGUUCCACUAUAGAGAAGAGGAUUACUGGACCUGGUCGCCUGAGAAAAGAGGGAAUCAUUCAGUUAAGACUGGGUAUCGUCUUUUGCAUGGGGAAAUUGUAGAAUCAGUUGAGCAUGUUCUUUAUCACUGUCAUGUUGCUAGAAACUGUUGGCGGAGAUUGGGAGUUCAGGUGCCUGAUGAUGACAGUGAGGACAUAAAGAUCUGGUUGUAUCAAACUCUUAAUUCCAUAAAUAAUAAUGAGAAGAACGAUGUGGCGAUGGUCUGUUGGAAACUUUGGUUGCACCAUAAUGAUGUCGUCUGGAACGACAAGUGGAGUUCUCUGGAGCUAAUCGUUAAUUCAGCAGCCAGUGAUUUAGCUGCAUGGCAGUUUGCUCAAAAAAAGAAUGGUCAGCAGUUGUCCUCCAGUUUGGGAAACGAUGAUGGUUUGACUGUGUGGAGAGCUCCUUCUAGAGGGUGGCUGAAAGCCAAUGUUAGCGCUUCCGUUUUUUUAGACGAGAGCGGUAUAGGCGUUUCCUGCGUAAUCAGAGACGAUGAUGGUCGACUGCUCCAAGCAAGGACUGCUGCGUUUCAGGGUUCUUCUUCUGCUUGA